AUGUCGGGCGGACUCAAAUUCAAGCAUGACCAAGAACAAGCACGUAAACUUCGCACUGAAGGGACGGGCACCUGGAUCCUCGAGAACGCAACAUUUCGAGCUUGGCAGGACAAACCAGGUAUGGCGCUUUGGUGUCAAGGAAAGCAGCUUCAAGGACGAUACCCGAACGUACCAGUCCUGUUCGUGUUCAUCAAGCACGAUAAACGAUGCACUAUUCGCAACAUUGCUAGCAGUCUUUUGCGACAGCUCCUGAGAUACAGGGAGUACACCGAUUCGGUUCUCGAUCUGAUUUUGGAGGAAUGCACUGAUGCCCAAGAGGAGGAUCUGGAGGAAUAUGAUCCAACAGACGAGGAACUGGUCAGCACUCUACGCAAAGCACUGGCCCUCGUUCCCCGGGCUUUCAUCACUAUCGAUGCCUUGGACGAAUUGGACGAGAACCUGAGGCCCGAGUUGGUCAAACCUCUUCUAUCGUUGCGGAAGAAUACAAUGAUUACCUCCAGGCCACUGGACACGGCGGGCACAUCGGGUCCCACUCUCCCUGCUCCCCUAUUCCUGGAUAUUCAGGCCAGAAAAGAGGACAUUUCUGUGUUCGUCGAGAAUCACCCGAAGCUCAGAACGCUCCUCGAGAACCACUCACCUAUCAUGGAAAAGGUUAAGCAGAGGAUACAGAGCGUAUCCGAGGGAAUGUUUCUACUCGCCUUCUGGAUGGUUAGAAUCCUUGCGGAUAGCCCCAGUCCACGAGACGUCCUAAACGAGCUCGAUGGUCUCCCCAACGACCUGGAAGAAAUGUACAACAGCAUUUGGGAACGCAUCUGCGCGCAGCGGUCGAGCCGAAGGCAAUUGGCAGAAAGGAUACUCACCUUCGUAAUUCAUGCUAACAAGCCUAUGACGAUCCCCAUGCUUCAGCAUGCAUUGGCAAUGAGAGAAGGGUUAUUCGACCCCGACAGCAUUGUGACUCAGGGAGGAACCAUCGUGGAGGUUUGUCAUGGGCUCAUCAUGAUGGACGAUGUGUCGGAGAAACAGAUAGUCAAGCUUGUCCCCAGACGGGAUGACAUUCUGCAGCUCUUGUUAACUGUUCCGAACUUGAACUACAACGCUCGAGAUGCUAAUGGGGACACCCCCUUGCACAUUGCAUCGUAUCAAGGUCGCGCUUCAUGGGUUGAACAUCUUCUUCGACUCCCCGGCGUUCACGUUAAUGCGAAAGAUGGGAGCCAGAAUAUGAAGCGGCGCAGCGGGGAUUCCGCUCUCACUCUAGCGGUGAAGAUGGAUCACUUGGAAUGCGUGCAGCUUCUACUAUCUCACCCGGAGCUUGAUGUAAACGAGCAAGACCGGUCUGGAGUAACUGCCUUGAUGGAAGCUGCAUCUCUCAGUCGACUUGAGGCUACACGACUCCUCCUCCAACACCCUCGGAUCGAUGUCAAUUCCAAAGACGGAUCAGGGAAUACCGCCCUCUGGAGGGCCAUUCCAAAAGGCCUGUCUUCCAGCUACUAUGAAGACCUCAUUGAGCUUCUCUUGAACCGACCCGACCUCGAGCGAGAGGGAUUGGAGAGACCGUUCAUCAAAGCCGCCGCUCUAUAUCAUACGAGAGUAAUCGCCCUCUUCAUCAAGCGAGGGUUUGACCCCAGGACAUCGUUCAUGAAGGCCGCUUCCAAAGGCAACUCGGCAGCAAUGCGAAUAAUUCUCGACGGCACUCCUGGCAUCGACUAUGGUAUGCACCAGGACAGCCGCGGGGAGACCGCGUUGUUCAAAACCGCCGCCAGUGGCCACGAACUGGCUACACAGCUCCUACUCAAACGCAAGGUUGUUCCUAUUGGCCACAAGAACCAUCGGGGUGAAACAGCGCUUAUCCAAGCCGCUGCUAGGGGCCAGGAUCUUUGCGUCGGCGCAAUUCUUGAGCACUGUGACCAUCACGACGUCAACAGUACCAACAACGCCGGUCAGACACCCCUAAUUGUCGCGGCUCGCUCCGGAUGGGAUAGGGUAGUGGACCGGUUGCUGAAGGACGAACGUGUUCUAGUGGGCCAUAGGACAGACACUGGAGGCACAGCAAUUGACUGGGCAAUUUCUGGGAUAGCAAAAUGGCGGCAGCCCGAAGCGGACACCACUCCUCCGGCUUCACCUACCAGCGGUACCCGGCCCCGGCGCUCUUACAACCCAUCCCACUCAAAAGUCGUCUCACUUCUCCUAGACCAUCCAGAUAUUGGCUCCAGUCUACAGCCGGUAGAAUUUCGAAAGCACCCACUGGUCGCUGCUAUCUACAACUGCCAAACCGAUAUCGUGAAAGCGUUACUCUCCAGCUCGAAAUGCGACCCAAACGUCCGGGAUCGCAAGGGACAAUCUAUCCUGAUGAAGUCGGCUGCGCAAGGCUUCACGGACUCUCUCGAGCUCUUACUCUCAAUGCCGAAUAUCGAUGUCAACGCACAAGACGUGUACGGAGCGACAGCAUUGAUGAAGGCCGCGUACUGCAACCAGAAGAAAUCCGCGCAGAUCCUGUUGGCGCAUCCGGGUAUUGACAUCAACUUGCCGCAGUGGAACGGAAAGACAGCGUUGGAUAUUGCGACUAGGCGAGGCUCCGUCGAGAUAGCGGAGGCCUUGAAAAGGCGCGGGGGUAAGAAGGGUGGAGGUGGUAGUUUGCGAUAG